AUGUCGCGGGUGCAAUCACGAUGUAAGUUGUUCAUCUCUCAAAACGAGUACCUCUCCAAAUGCAUGAAAUUCACUUCCUCCUCUCCAGUCCCCCCCUCCUUCCAUUCCAUCUUUCCCACCCCCCCCCUUGUUCUUCCCCUGUUCCUUAUCCCGCCUUGCCAACUUUCCCUCGAUUGUGUUUUUGAGGACUCUUCAUUCUGGCACUAUCCUGUGCUGUCUUGCCUUUGGUCCCUCCCUCCCUCGCUCCCUCCCUCCCCCCCUCCCUCCCUCCCUCCCUCCCUCCCUCCCUUCCUCCCUCCCUCCCUCCCUCCCUCCCUCCCUCCCUCCCUCCCUUCCUCCCUUCCUCCCUCCCUCCCUCCCUCCCUCCCUCCCUCCCUCCCUCCCUCCCUCCCUCCCUCCCUCCCUCCCUCCCUCCCUCCCUCCCUCCCUCCCUCCCUGCAGUGA